AUGACAAGUUUAAGUUCUUUAUCUACAAAUCAAAAGACACAAAUCAGGAAUGCUUUUACUUUAAUAGAUGGAGAGUCAAGAGACUCCUUAAUAACGAAAGAGGAUCUUAAAAACAUCUAUUCAUCCAUUGAUUUCAAACAACCAACUGAUUCACAAUUAACUAAGAUGCUUACAAUAGAUGGUAAAGAUCAUUCAAAAAAAGGUAUAACAUUUGCUCAAUUCUCAAAUAUUAUGGCAAAAGAGCUUUUAUUGGUUGAAGAGAAAUCAGUGAUAUGUGAUGCAUUAAAAGUUUUUGCCAAAGAUAGUAAUGACACUGAUAUACAGAUUGAUCUUAAUGAACUAAAAGAUGCGUGUUGUUCAGUAAAUUUACAAGAAAAGACUAAGUUAUCGCGAUCGUCUUUUGACAAUCUAGUAAAAGGAUUCACGCUGGAAACAAUGGAAGGUAAGAAAGUAUUCUUAGCAUCCAAAUGGAUAGAAGCUUAUAUAGAUUAA